ACGCCUGGAGGAAGUAAGAGGCAACUGCGACUGUUGGAAAAUUCAACACUGCGCUUUCUUUGCUGUGUUUUAAAAUGUGGGCACGAGCUGUGUUGUGCGCGGUGCUACUAUCUGCGCUGUGUCCAGCGGGGAAGACGGAAGCCGAGAGGGACGAGAGAGAAGUGCAGGACUACCACAACUCCAACAGACUGCUUGGCGCGCUGCAUGAAGUACUGGAGAGACUGCAAACCAAGAGAAUUAAUCCCUGGGAGAAGAAGUAUGGACAGGUCCCCUCUUGUGAUCUUGGGGAAUACUGUGCCAUCAGGAAAGGAUCUCGGAUUGGGAAGAUGUGCGACUGCCCCCGAGGAGCUUUCUGCAACUUCUUCCUCCUUAAGUGCUUAUGAGCAAAUUAAAUCAUGUCACAAGAGUCUAUUUUAAAUUGUAG